GGGUUGUGGAGAUAACGGUGUUGCCACAAAACUAAUCCGUCCCCCAUGGCCCUCAGGUCCUACACCAUCGGUCUGGGACUGCACAGUCUUGAGGCCAGCCAAGAGCCAGGCAGCCUGAUGAUGGAGGCCACCUUCUCCAUACAGCACCCAGAAUACAACAAACCUUUUAUCGCCAACGACCUCAUGCUUAUCAAGUUGAAAGAGUCGGUGCCUGGGUCGGAUGCCAUCCAGAACAUCAGCAUCGCCUCCCAGUGCCCGACCGCUGGGGAUUCUUGCCUCGUUUCUGGCUGGGGUCAGCUGAUGAAUGGCAGGCAGCCCCAAGUGCUCCAGUGCGUGAACAUCUCGGUGGUGCCCGAGGAGAUCUGCAGCGCGUUCUAUGCCUCCGUGUUUCACCCCAGCAUGUUCUGUGCAGGUGGAGGACAGGACCGGAAGGACUCCUGCAGGGGUGACUCUGGGGGCCCCCUGGUCUGCAACGGGUCCCUUCAGGGCCUCGUGUCUUUUGGACAAGUCCAGUGUGGCCAACCCUAUGUGCCAAGCGUCUACACCAACCUCUGCAAGUUCACUGACUGGAUACAGAAAACCAUUCAGGACAAUUAACUUCUAGAACUUGGACCCAAGAAACUCAACCCCUAAAUAUAGGCUGCAGAAGGGAUUCAGGAAUUUGGAUUCCCAGUGCCUUCCUCCCUCGGGCCCAGGAGUCUAGGUUCCCAACCCCCUUCUCCCUUAGCCCCAGGAAUCCAAUCCCACCAAGAAUCUUUUCCUGUACUCAGUGCCCCCUAGUGGCACAAUGUUGACCCAGCCUUACCAGCAGCAGAGAAAGUUGGUGUUUCACUUUUGUCCCUUCUCUUAAGCCCAAAAAUAAAG